AGGUCUGGGUUCGCGGCGAACCCAGCUCGUGGGUUCGCACCCAAGAGCCUGGGUUCGCACCCAGGAGCUUGGGUUCGCGAGGUGCGAACCUUUCGUUUCGUUUGGAUUGGAUUUUCUAGAGGUUCAAGCGGCGAUUGAUUGUGUUUAUGUGGAAAUUGAUGCUAUUUGAGUAACUUAAUUGGUGAUCGUUAUGAAUUUCGCUGUUUUAUGUGCUCUGAAGCUCUGUUUGGAUGCCAAGAAUAUUAAAAUUCAAGGACUAAAUCUCACUGGAACUCUUGGAGGCCAACUCGAUAAUCUCCAGAACCUGAAGCACCUGUUUUGCGAACCCAAGCUCUUGGGUUUGCCUGGAGGUAAAAGAAAAAAAAGGAAAAAAAAAGGCUGGAGGAAGGAGAAGCCGGGGAAGAAGAUGAGGGUGCAACUGGCUCUUGAUAUUGUUAACCAGAUUUCUGAAGACGGUUUGAGCUUGUCCAUAGACAUGCUAAGUUGCAUAUUGCAUGCUCUUGAAGAGAACUAUGAGUGUAAUUUGUUUGAUGGUUCAUAUGCGAUGCUGAAUGAUUCAAGGAAAAUGAACGUUAAACCUGUAGCUGGCAUGUAUAAUGCUAUAAUGGCAGGAUAUUUUCGAGAGAAGAAAAUUUCUGCUGGGUUGAGUGUUCUCAAGCAAAUGGAACUUGACAGUGUAAAACCAGAUCCCCAAACUUACAGCUAUCUAAUAGCCUAUUGUGACUAUAAGUUCAUCUCUGCUGUCUCUUGCAUUAUUGCUACUUCUAUUCUUGUCAUGCUGCAAAUGGGGAUACCAGUUAAAAGCCUAAAUGAACUCAGAAGUGCUCUCGUCUCUGCUCUUGCAUCAAAUGGGCAAAUGGCUGAUGCUGUAGACACAUAUGAAGAAAUCAAGGAAUCUGGAGGUGAUCUGGAGCCUAGAGCUGUCCUAUCUCUGAUGGAGUGUCUUCAUUCCGAGAGAGACUUGAGUCUUAUGCUUCAACUAUUAGAGGAGUUGCGUGAUCAAGGCUAUUGGAUGGAGGGUUGCUGCAGAGUUAUCUCAUUUUGUGUUAGAAAAAAAGCAUCUGAGGUUAGCUGACAGGAAAUUCUUAGUUAUCUGGGAUUCUAUUUACACUGCAUAGUUUUCUAUCCAAUCCAAUAUUCAAUUACAAUGUUGUUAUCUUUUUUCCAGCACUUUCCCUCCUUUUGUAUGUGAAUGUUGUCUAAACCAUCUGUUCAUUGGUAAUUCAUUCUUUGAUCCAGUACCGCUGUUCAUUUGCUCAAGCAACUCAAGGACAAGUUCUGUGAUGAUGAGUUGGCUGCAGUAGUUCUUUUUGAUGAGGUUUGCUCUUGCACUGUUUCUCUUCCUUAAUGUUGUCUAAUCUUCUUGCUUGAUAUUUGGGAACUCAUUUCAGACAGUGAGACUUUUGUUUUUUCCACAGAGAUCUAUGAAUUUAUCAGUGCUUGUCGUUUUUGUUUGAAUUACUAGCCUGUCCCAUGUUAACAAACUGACUGCAUUGAC